CGUUUCUGCGCCUGGUUCCGCCCACUGUUUCGUAUUUCAGGGUCAGCCAGUUAACCCAUCCUCAAUUUCUCCCUUGUACGCGAAAUUGCCCACCAUCCCUGACCGGCUGACGCAACCACGAGACUAGUCCAACGCGAGAUUACCCUCUGCCCUUCGAGCCUCCCAUGGCCUCAUCGUCCGAUCCCUCUAUCCGGGAGGCUGGUGUUAGAAAGCAAAACAAUGGGCCUCCAUUCAAGUUCUUGGUUCCUCUCGUCUAUGCUCCAGUUCUUCCUCUCAUCCGGAUCUCGCUGCGUAGGAAUCCAGUUGUAAGGGACCGUCUUUUUAUGGCUGUGUUGGCCGGUGCUUUCGCCCAUGGCUUUUACUUGGUAACAGAUCUUUAUGACAUUGAGAGCAAGUGAAUUUUCUUGUGAAUCAAGCAGUCUGGUUUGUUGCUUCGCUUUCAAAAUUUUGGGUUUCAUACAUCACAUAGCAGCUUGGUAUUCUGUAACGCCAUGAAUUGGCUUACAAAAAUUUUAGUUUUUCUUGUAGUUUUGUUAUGGAAUGUUCACAUCAUUUAUGCCCCAUUUUGAGGCUACUGAGUUUUAUUAUUAUUCCAAGGUACAAGUGUAGUAUUUGAGAGAAAUAAUUGCCAGAUGAGGAAACUUAAUUUUCAUAA